AAAUCACAAUAGUUAUUUAUUGAAUUUAAACGGUUGUCGUUGAUGCAGAAAGUGGCCGACGGAAUACGCUGUUCCCGUGUGCGCCCGAUGGAAAACCGGGGAAGAAGAUUACGGGCAAAUGAGGAAUAGUCAAAGUCUUCUCUUUGAUUAGAAUUAAUUACAGAAGAAAACAGAUUUCUUCUUUAACCCAGCUCUUGUUAAGAAUUAGCAGCCAUUCGUAAGACAAGAUUCUGCUUCCAUGGAGUCUCGGUGUUUUCUCGCCCUUUCUCUCACUUUCCUUCUCAUUUUCCCUCGUCUCUCCCAGGCUUCCGUUCAGAUUCCCGGCGAUAACAAACUAAGGAAGAAAGGUAUAUUUUCUGUUGCUUUUGAUCCUACUCGUGUCACUCAACUUUCAUGGCGUCCAAGGGCGUUUAUAUACAAGGGAUUUCUAUCACCUGAGGAGUGUGACCAUCUGAUUGAUCUGGCAAAGGAUAAGCUACAGAAGUCAAUGGUAGCGGAUAAUGAUUCAGGUGAAAGCGUUGAGAGUGAAGUCCGCACCAGCUCUGGCAUGUUUCUUUCAAAACAUCAGGAUGAGGUAGUUGCUGAUAUUGAAGCCCGGAUUUCUGCAUGGACAUUUCUUCCAGAAGAGAAUGGAGAGUCCAUUCAAAUACUGCACUAUAAGCAUGGUGAGAAGUAUGAGCCACAUUUUGACUUUUUCCAUGAUAAGGCUAAUCAAGAGCUGGGUGGUCACCGUGUUGCCACUGUACUCAUGUAUUUGUCUGAUGUUGAAAGUGGUGGAGAAACAGUCUUUCCCAACUCAGAGGAAAAGUUCACUCAGCAAAAGGAUGACACCUGGUCUGAAUGUGCUAAAAAAGGCCAUGCAGUAAAACCCAGAAAAGGUGAUGCAUUGCUGUUCUUCAGUCUUCAUCCUGAUGCAACUACAGAUAAUUACAGCUUGCAUGGGAGCUGCCCGGUGAUCAAGGGUGAGAAAUGGUCUGCAACCAAGUGGAUACAUGUCAGGUCCUUUGAUAAAAGAGUGACACGCCCAGCGAAGGGGGAGUGUGUUGAUGAGAACGAGAACUGCCCAAAGUGGGCAAAGGUGGGCGAGUGUGAAAAGAACCCUAUUUACAUGGUGGGUUCUCAAGAAUCUUACGGAUACUGUAGGAAAAGUUGUAAGGUGUGUUCUUCUUAGGACUUGAUUUUCAGAUGAGGUCUAUAUACUUCCAUGGUUAUGCUUGACCCAGAGAAAGAAGAAUCUUAUGGAUAUGUAGGAAAAAGUUGUAAGAUGUGCUCUUCUUAGGACUUGAUUUUCAGAUGAGGUCUAUAUACUUCCAUUGUUAUGCUUGACCCAGAGAAAUAAAAAGAUACAGCAAUCAUAUUCAAUUUUAUGAUCCCAGUGUAAGGAAGCUAUUUUUACCGAGGUUUGAGACAUUGUUGGUUUUCUUUUUUAUUUUUUAAUAAUACUAUAACAAAGAGGACUGUACUUU